UUGUUGUUGAACAAACGUUGCCAGUGUAAUUUGUUAUUUUCUCCUAUUUUUACAAUUAUAAUAAAGAGCAGAUUGUCAAAAUGCGGGAACAGCCGUUAAAGGAAGUUACACAAUUAAUACAUGCCAUUAAAAUUGGUUUAGUGGAAGGUUCCUACAGCAUUACCAACAAAACACUAGACAUCUUUAAGUAUAUCAUUAUGAGCAAGAGCUGGGAUAGUGCAGACGCACUCAUGCAGAUUGUUCGUGCCCAGUCGCGAAUCCUGCAAGCGGCUUUACCCCAGGAGACCGUCACUUCGAAUAUAGCACGACGUAUACUGAAGUUAACACGCGAGGAAUUCGAGCUGUUGCAAGCAAAGGUACAGCAUUUUGCCGACGACUCACAAGCUUCUCUAUCGCUGCACAAGCUGGUCACACAAACCAGCGAGAGCUGUGUCAGCGUGGACUAUUCGGUGCCGCAGCAGGGAUUACGCGAAGCGCUUCUGGAUCAUUUGCAAGAAGUCGAAACAGAAUUGGAAACCAGCUCGGAAAACAUCAGCGUCCAAGCUGAGGAGCACAUACACUCGUCAGAGAUAAUACUUACGCUUGGACAUUCGCGUAGCGUAGAAAACUUUCUGAAAAGGGCCAUCAAGAAGCGACAGUUUCUUACAAUAAUUGUAGCCGAAUGCGCUCCUGCCUGUCGGGGUCACAAUUUAGCUGCGACUUUGGCACAGGAGAAGAAUGUGGAGAUUAUUGUAAUUCCGGAUGCAUCCAUAUUUGCAAUGAUGUCGCGCAUCAACAAGGUCAUCAUUGGCACACACAGCGUUUUGGCCAAUGGCGGACUGCGGGCUGCUUGUGGAGCGAACACAGUUGCCCUAGCGGCCAAACACUACUCUGUGCCGGUCAUUGUGCUGGCGCCCAUGUAUAAGCUCUCCCCUUUGCAUUUGUGUGAACAGGAUGCGUUCAAUAUGGUUGGCUGUGCCGAGGACGUUAUCGCGUAUGACUCAGUGCCGGCACGCGAUGCCAAGGUCUACAGUCCCAUGUUUGAUUAUGUGGCACCCGAACUUGUCACGCUCUUCAUAUCGAAUGCCGGCGGUCAUGCUCCCUCUUAUGUUUACCGUUUGCUCUCCGAGCUCUAUCAUCCAGACGAUCUGGAACUUUAAAACUGAACUCUUCACUACUGAU